UUUAGUUCACCUCGCGCUCCGUCCCGCAUCGCAUCCACACUCAACUUGAUUAUUUUUUUAAGUUACUACUCAUCACGCACGCGCAUCAUGCUUAGCAAACGGGGGCCGGCGCUUUUUGGUCUAGUGUUGUUCGUCGUGUGCCUUGCGCACUCCGGCAAUGGACAACGCAUCACGACGAUUCAACUCGACGGCGUGCAAUACUUCGUGAGUCGAAUGAAUCCCUACUCACCGGAGCUGAAUUACUUCCUUGCGUAUCAAUACUGUCGUUCGCUAGGGCUGCAAUUGGCGUCGUUUGAGACACGCGAGAAAGCCGACUCAAUUACACAAUAUUUAAGCAACGCAGGGUAUAAUAAAUAUGACUUCUGGACGUCUGGUAAUCGCCUGGGUACUGAUAUGUAUUUAUGGAUGAGUACUGGUUUGCCAUUCAAUGCGACUUUUAAUUAUAUGCGGAAAUUGAAUGAGUCUGAUGAUCCACUUGCUGCUGAUGUGCCUACUGGUAGUACUAGCCCACAACGUACCGCACGCGAAAGUGAUAGUGGUUCGACUAAUGGUUGCGUAGCGCUGAAAUCACCGGCGUUCGAAUGGGACACCGACGACUGCAUGAAGAUCAAGGAUUUCAUCUGUGAGCAGACACGCUGUUACUACUACAACUACGGCUCGAUUCCUGUGUCGUCGGCGCAGGGGCGGCCAGCGUACACGACGACUACCACGCAGCGUCCAGCAUUCACCUCGUCACAGCGCGGCGGCGGCGGCGGCGGCAGUCUAGGCGGAAUUCUCGGUUUUGAUUUUCUUACCGGUAUGCGCACCUCGAGCACAUCCUCGUCGGGCGUGAUUGGUUACAAUGAUCUACUCAACGAGGUGCGCUCGACGAGCAGCAGUACCCUGCCGCCGCCGCCGCAGCCGUCCCCAUCACCAGCUGCGCCUAUCGCCGAUGUUGUCCUGCCGCAUGGCAGCGCCGACGCCGAAGCGGAGCAGGCUACAAAUGGGCCUUAUGAUUCGUUUCACGGCGUGCUUGAAAUGCUCGACGAUCCGGCCGCCUAUGUCGACCAUCAACGUCCGCGCGCCGCCCCCGCCGACGAGGAGUACGUCUCGACCAUCGAGCCCGAGACGGUCACCAUCUACGAGCGUUCCUUAAAAUCCGUCCAUUAGCCCGUAUAAUAUUUAUAUAAUGUGUACUUUUCUAGCGUUUUAUCCAUUGCGUUUGUUUUUUAUUUCCAUUACGAUAGGAUUUGCAUCAUUCCACAACAUACACACAUGUAAGAUAAGUACGUGCCUUAAACACACACCCACACACACAGAGAACACGAAAACACCACACACACAUACAUUCUCAUUACGUAAUAUGUUACUAGACGUUAAUCGUAGCUGUAAGAACUAAGAACAACGAAGAUAAGAUAAGAUAAGAUAUGCGGAACGCGUUGACUGACUAUAAAUAAAUGUCUGUUCUGUC